CUCACAUCGGUGUGCACCCCACACCACGUCUUCAACCACUCACUUGUGGCAAAGUCUCGGCGUCGUCUUCAUUCCAGGCAGCGAGUCCACGUGAUAUCCGACAUCAACAUCAAGCUGCCGGGUUUCUAGCUCGAGCGUUGCUACAGGCCUCGACACCUCUCAAAGACGGUUUCGGCACUUAGAUCACCGGGGUGGACCGAUCGGGUCUUUAACAAGCGGAACGGUUUGCACUUCGCACGCCAUUGGAACAGGACCUCCAAAGCGCAGUAUCAUCUGGGAGGAACUCGAGAAUAGACGGCAAGGUAUAGAAGCGCAUCGGUCGGAACUGUCAACUCGACGAUCCCACCGAAGCCGCUUCUACAGAAGAUGAGAGGAGUUUUGCUCCGGAUUUGGUUGCUCGCCUGAUCAGAUGCACCGUCAAAAUGGAGUUCAACAUCGACGAUUUGCCCGUGCUUUUCCCCUAUCCUCGGAUUUAUCCAGAGCAAUAUGCCUAUAUGGUGGACUUGAAGAAGACACUCGAUGCCGGGGGAAACUGCGUGCUGGAGAUGCCCUCGGGCACCGGGAAGACAGUCACCUUGCUGUCCCUCAUUGUGGCCUACCAGCAGUACUAUCCGUCACACCGCAAGCUCAUCUACUGCUCCCGCACAAUGUCCGAAAUCGAAAAGGCCCUGGUCGAGCUCAAGGCACUCAUGAAAUUCCGUGCACAACGGCUCGGAUAUGAGGAGGAGUUCAGAGGUCUCGGUCUGACCAGUCGAAAAAACCUCUGCCUGCACCCGUCAGUGAAGCGGGAGAAGAGCGGUAACGUGGUCGAUGCACGCUGCCGCAGUCUAACAGCUGGUUUCGUCAAAGAGAAGAAGGAAAAGGGGGAGGAGGUUGAAGUCUGUGUCUACCAUGACAACCUUGACCUUCUUGAGCCUCACAACCUCGUUCCGAAUGGUGUCUGGACACUGGACGGCCUUCUGCGGUACGGCGAGCAGCACAAGCAAUGUCCAUACUUCACCGCCCGGAGGAUGAUGCAAUACUGCAACGUCAUCAUUUAUUCGUACCAUUACCUUCUGGAUCCCAAAAUUGCCGAACGAGUAUCCAAGGACUUGUCCAAGGAUUGCAUUGUCGUCUUUGACGAAGCCCACAACAUUGACAACGUGUGCAUCGAGUCCCUCAGUACCGACAUCACGGAGGAUUCACUGAGGAAAGCCACCAGGGGCGCCCAGAACCUCGAGAACAGGAUUAGCGAGAUGAGGGAUUCGGACCAGCAGAAGCUGCAGGAUGAAUACGAGAAGCUCGUCGAAGGACUCAGAGGCGCCGAUGAUGGCCGCCAGGAAGACUCCUUCAUGGCAAACCCAACGCUUCCGGACGAUCUGCUCAAGGAGGCCGUUCCUGGCAAUAUCCGGAGGGCAGAGCACUUUGUCGCAUUCCUAAGGAGGUUUAUCGAAUAUCUCAAGACCAGGAUGAAAGUCCGGCAGGUGAUAUCCGAGACGCCGCCAUCUUUCCUUGCACAUCUCAAAGAGCACACGUUCAUCGAGAAGAAGCCACUACGGUUCUGCGCGGAGCGACUGACCUCACUGGUGAGGACGCUUGAGCUCACCAACAUUGAGGACUAUCAGCCCCUGCAAGAAGUUGCCACAUUCGCGACCCUGGUAGCAACAUACGAGAAGGGCUUCCUCCUGAUUCUGGAGCCCUACGAAUCGGACACGGCCGAGGUACCAAAUCCGGUUCUGCACUUCACCUGCUUGGAUGCUGCCAUUGCCAUCAAGCCCGUCUUCGACCGCUUCAGUUCCGUCAUUAUCACCUCGGGAACAAUAUCCCCGCUGGAGAUGUACCCCAAAAUGCUCGACUUCCCCACCGUCGUCCAGGAAUCGUACAGUAUGACCCUGGCCAGGCGGUCUUUCUUGCCCAUGAUCGUCACUCGAGGGAGCGACCAAGCGUCAAUAUCAACGAGCUUUCAGGUCCGCAACGAGCCCAGCGUAGUCCGAAACUACGGAAACCUCUUGACCGAGUUCGCCAAGAUCACCCCGGACGGCAUGGUUGUAUUCUUUCCCUCCUAUCUCUACAUGGAGUCCAUUAUCAGCAUGUGGCAGGGCAUGGGCAUUCUCGACGAGGUCUGGAAAUAUAAGCUCAUUCUCGUCGAGACCCCCGAUGCGCAAGAGACCUCGCUCGCGCUCGAGACAUACCGCACCGCCUGCUGCAACGGCCGCGGCGCGGUGCUCCUAUGCGUUGCACGCGGCAAGGUCUCGGAGGGCAUCGACUUCGACCACCAGUACGGGCGCACCGUGCUGUGCAUCGGCGUACCCUUUCAGUACACCGAGUCGCGCAUCCUCAAGGCCCGCCUCGAGUUCCUGCGCGAGACGUACCGCAUCCGCGAGAAUGACUUCCUCUCGUUCGACGCCAUGCGCCACGCCGCCCAGUGCCUGGGCCGCGUCCUCCGCGGCAAGGACGACUACGGGCUCAUGGUGCUCGCGGACCGCCGCUUUCAGAAGAAGCGCAACCAGCUGCCCAAGUGGAUUAACCAGGCGCUACUGGACGCCGAUGUCAACCUGAGCACCGACAUGGCCGUCAGCAGCGCCCGGCGCUUCCUCAAGACCAUGGCCCAGCCCUUCCGCGCCAAGGACCAGGAGGGAAUCAGCACGUGGAGUAUGGAGGACCUGAAGAGGCACCAGCAGAAGAUGGACGAAGACCGGAUCAAGGAGCUGCAGGCGCAGGAGGAGGGGGAGUCGAAUCCGCUGCCGAGGACUGUUGACGAUGGGCGGGAGAGCGACUACGAGAUGGAUGAUGACGAUGAGGCUGAGUUGAUGGCACUGCAUAAUGACGGCUGAGCGUCCACGACCGGACUCCCCUGUGGGUUAUGUAUUGUGUUGGCUAGAUAAUGUGCCAUGUAUGGAGUGAUGGGCUCGUGUUGAAGUCCGGCUGCGACUCAAACCCAAAACCGACAUCAACGCAUGCUCUCUCGACAUAGAACCACCUCAGUAAUGCACGCUGCGCUAUUAUUCAGUUGUCUAUCAAAG